UGACAGCCUGGCCACCUACCUUAGCUACAUAUGCCCAAGGUGGUCUAGCACUCGGGUUAGCACUUCCUGAUUCCCUUCAACCUACCUUAGCCCUGCUUAGCCCCAAGCUGUCAGUUGUCACUGCUGCCUUUCGACUUGCACGACUGACCGCAUCGCUUUGUCAUCGUGAUCUUAGCUAGAUACCCGUAUUUUGGUUAAGGUAGGCAACGCAAAGCUGGUCUACGGCCUGCCAUGCAAGUCUUCCUUUCACCUACAAACUUCCAACGCGGCCGGCGCUAACCCUAACCAGCAAAGACCCAACGGGCAGCGUUUGUCUCUCCUGAGUCUCUUCCUGGCUCAAUUACGCAGCUCCGGAAACAUUACCGGCGGCAUUAUGUACUAGCGCCCUCUUCCUUGACUCGUUCGACCGCAAAAGGACCUUGAGAUUUCACGUAUCAAAAACACCAGACGAAAACAUGUCCGACACACUCGCAGUCUACGUACAGACUGCGGAAACUCGACAAGAUUCCGCCGAGGCCUGCAAACUCAAUCCAGCCAUCCCAAGUCUUUUCGCCAGCACGGCGGCAUAGCGAUCCUUUGUGUUUCCAUUCAUCACGCUCAGAUGCGGCCCUGUCAGUUGAUCCCAGUAUCAACCCCUGUUUGGCAAAGAUCCUCAAUCAUCUUUGGAGUAUGAAUACAAUACCCACGCCAAGCAUGUGAUUGUUAAACCGGCAUCCUGGUCCUUGGUCCCGACUGACUCUGUCUCUCACCGUGCCAAACAUGGAUGAAGACUUGGGCCACCCAAGGAAACGAAAGAAGACGUGUUGUGUCGUUGAGCUUAGGAGAGUAAGCGACAAAUUUUCAACGUACAAUAGCAGUCUCCGUCAUAUCGCAUACUGCUACGGCGGUGUAGACGUGCAUUGGAGCCUCAUUCCCCUCGUCACCGCUUACUUUGGGGCGGGCUUACAUGGCAGACAAUCUAUCAGCUCAGCUGAGCUGCACCGUCGCUUCGGGCCGGAAUCUCUCUCGUUAUUCCAACAUCGCCAUUUACCGGUUCUUCACCCAUCUCCGCAACACUCCAGUCACUUUUCAGUAAUAAUCACAAAUCACCCUACUACUCCAAAUCUUCUCCACAUGCGACUGCGGGCUAUUACAAGAGACGUAGCUGCGAAAGCUUGGUAGAUUCAGCAAGGAAGUCUCACGGCUGGUCGGAAAGCAACGCUCAGACUCGACACAUGCCUUUCGCAGCUGUCAGUCCACUGCAAUUACCUUUCCCCGGAUCCCUUCACCUGCGCUGCCGGACAAGUCACAAUUGGAUUGCUUAUCUCGACUUCAUGCUUUCUCUUAUCCACAAAUCAGAACAUCAGACAAUUGACAGGAAUUGUCCCGACUCGAUCUCAUUCCAAGGUCUCUCUGACAUGCUUCUACGCUCCCUCCCUCAUUACACGUCGUCUCACCGCUCAAUUUGACCUCACCUCAACACCACCCAUCCAAGACACCUCGCAACCUGCAUCACGGAUCGUGGCCUCUCUCCUGACGACCAAAUACCCCUGCCGUAUGGAGCCUUGCUCUCCUCUUGUCCCAAUACAGCCUCGCUUCUGGUCCCAACUGCCGCCCGUUGAGCCAACUCAUCUCACCCACACCAUCAUCAGCCUGCAUCCACACACACACACACACACACACAUUCACUCACACACCUCUGCUGUCAUGUCCACCGCUCAAAUCUUCCGCCGACCUUGAUUUUCGUCCUUAUAGUUGUCUGGGGAAAGCUUCCGUGGCCCCGCCGCGGCGAGG